AUGUUCCCAAAACUCGCUCUCAUCUCUUUCGCCUUCACCUCCGUAGUUGUCGGCCAGCUCGUCGGCACGUACGAGACGGAGACUCACCCACGAGUCACCUGGCAACGUUGCACCCGAGGUGGAAGCUGUCAGACCGUCCAGGGCAGUAUCGUACUCGAUGCCAACUGGCGAUGGGUCCACGGCAGGACCGGCUACACAAACUGCUACACCGGCAACAGCUGGGACACGUCCCUCUGCCCCGACAACAGAGCGUGUGCCGAGAACUGCGCGCUUGAAGGAGCAAACUAUGCCAGCACCUACGGUAUUACGACCAGUGGCAACUCCGUCACCCUCAAGUUCAUCCAGCCCAACAGCAACGGCAAAAACGUCGGCUCUCGGGUCUACCUCAUGGCCAGCGACACUAGGUAUCAGAUGUUCAAUCUCCUGAACCAGGAGUUCACCUUCGAUGUCGACGUUUCCAAGCUCCCCUGCGGGUUGAACGGUGCCACUUACUUCGCCGGUAUGGACGCAGACGGUGGGAUGGCGAGGUUCUCCACCAACAGGGCUGGUGCCAGGUAUGGCACGGGUUACUGCGAUGCUCAGUGCGCAAGGGAUAUCAAGUUCAUUAACGGAGAGGGUAACGCGGAGGGUUGGACGCCUUCGGAGACUGACGUGAACGCUGGAACUGGCAAGCAUGGAAGCUGCUGCCACGAGAUGGACAUUUGGGAGGCCAAUUCGAUCUCCACCGCUUACACACCACACUCCUGCGACCAGCACAACUCCUUCCGCUGCAGCGACUCUGCCUGUGGUGGUAGGGACAAUCGUUACGGAAGCCAGUGCGACCCCGAUGGCUGCGACUUCAACUCCUUCCGAUUGGGCGACAAGACCUUCUAUGGUCCCGGCAUGACCGUCGACACCAACACCAAGAUCACGGUCGUCACCCAGUUCCUCACCGACACCGGCACCGCCUCGGGCAACCUCAAAGAGAUCCGUCGCAUCUACGUCCAGAACGGACGGGUUAUUCAAAACUCCAAGGUCAACGUCCCCGGCAUGGACGCCUACGACUCGAUCACCGAGCCCUUCUGUGCCGCCACGAAGGUUGCAUUCGAAGACCGCGACAGCCACGGCGAGCAUGGCGGCCUUGCGUCCAUUUCUCAAGGCAUGAAGAACGGCAUGGUCUUCGUGAUGAGCAUUUGGGACGACCACACUGCCAACAUGCUCUGGCUCGACUCCAACUACCCCGUCGACGCCGACCCCAACAAACCUGGUAUCGCCCGUGGGACUUGCCCUACCACUUCAGGUGUCCCCAGCGAGGUCGAGGCGAGCGCGACCGACGCCACGGUCACAUACUCGAACAUCAAGUUUGGUGAUAUCGAUUCGACUUAUUAG